GGAAGGGGGAAGAGGGGUCACACCAUCUUCAUCAGCUGCACCUCUUUGGAGAUGUCCCUUUCUAGUUUCUAAGGUGCUAUUCUGUCGCAAAUUUUCAUUUUACACCUUUGAUCUUACCUCACAUGACGACGAGGACUUUUAAUGGCAAUUUAAAAACUUUGGAAUUGUCACACGUCAUUCUUAAAUAUAGUUUCGCUGUGUAAUGGCAGUUUGGUCGUCAACUAACCAAACUCCUGUCGUCAGUCAGUAAACAUGAUGUCUCUUUUAAACUCGCAAAGAUGCAUUAUUAGGUCAUCAACUAGUAUCCUGAAAAGCUACAACACACAAUGGACUUUGAGAGAAUACAGAAGUUUUCCUCAUCACAAAUUAUCAUCCUCAACCAACCUGUCAUACCCAUAUGUCGAGAGACAUGCAUCCCUGUAUGGAACACAGUUUUCACCCCGAGGAUUUCUGGAAUGUGAGAGUUGCCAUGAAUGCACUCGUGUCGCAACAAAUGGAAGUGUGGUAUUGGUUCGUCAGUUUCAUGUAGGAUCAAGAUGUUUGGACAAGGAACCAGCCAAAGCCUCAUCAAAAGUUGAGGAGACUGUCAAUUUGUUGAAAGGAAAAGCUAAGGAUGAGGCUGAGUCCAAGGAGCAGCAAGUUGUUCCUAAAAAACCAUUAUCAACACGCAUUAUGGAUGAAUUGAAACAUUAUUACCAUGGUUUCCGACUGCUCUUUGUAGAUAUAAAUAUUUCCAGAAAAUUAGCCAUGAAGGCAUUAAGAGGACAGACAUUGAGUCGUAGAGAACACAGACUGUUGGUGCGGACCACUGGUGAUAUAUUUCGCCUAGUUCCAUUUUCAGUGUUUAUCAUUGUUCCUUUUAUGGAGUUACUUUUGCCUUUGUUCAUCAAAUUCUUCCCUGGCAUGUUGCCAUCCACUUUUGCAUCUGCAAAAGACAAGGAAGCAGAUAUGAAAAAAUCUUUGAAAGUAAAACUUGAGAUGGCAAAGUUUUUGCAACAAACUCUAGAUGAAAUGGCAGUGCAGGCCAAAGAUAAAAACCAUUCAUCUACUGCUGCAAAACAGUUUGCGGAAUUCUUUGACCGGAUGCGCAAUUCUACUGAGCCAAUUUCUAACCAAGAGAUGAUCAAAUUUUCAAAGAUUUUUGAAGAUGAAAUCACACUUGAUUCUUUGUCUAGACCUCAACUUAUUGCCUUAUGCCGAGUGCUUGAAAUCAAACCUCUUGGCACCAGCAACUUCUUAGUCUUUCAGCUUCGCAUGAAACUACGAAGUUUGGCUGCUGAUGAUAAGAUGAUACAUCAAGAGGGUGUUGACUCUUUGAAUGCUAGUGAAUUACAACAGGCUUGCCGUGCAAGAGGAAUGCGAGCUUAUGGUAUGUCAGAACAGAGAUUACGAAGCCAACUUGAGCAGUGGUUAGAUCUCAGCUUGAAUGAAAAAGUACCACCAUCACUAUUGCUCCUGUCUCGAGCUCUCUUGCUUCCUGAGACUGUGCCUACUAGUGACCAACUCAAGGCCACCAUCUUUUCUUUGCCAGACACUGUUAUAACUCAAACGAAAGCAGCUCUUGGUGAGCGUGAAGGUAAGACCGAUAACUUGACCCAACUGGAAAUUUUGAAAGAAGAACAACGCAAAAUCAAGGAGGAACUCGAGGAGCAGCAAGAAGAAAGGGAUCGCCAAGCAAAGGAACAACAAGAGGUCUUGGUGGACUCUGCCAAAGUUCUUACAGAUGGUGCAAAGCCCUUGGAACCAAUUACUGAUGUGAAAGCAGCAGUUCCCAUUGGUGUAACUGAAACUAAGAAGGAGGAACUUUCUGCAUCUGACAUGGAAACUUUGGAGGAUGCCCUUGAUUCAUUGAGUCAAAAACGAAAGAAGUUGUUAGUGGAGAAAGAAGAACUUGAGGAUCUGAAGGAAGAAAUGGCAGAUUACCAGGAGGAUCUGAGAGAACUGCAAGAUGUGUCAGUUGGCUCUGGCAAAAAGGAGCCAGUUGUGGCAGAAUCCAAGGCAGCCAAGCGUCUUUUCUCAAGAGUUAGUAAGAUGAUAAAUAAUAUGGAAAAGGCUCUGUUGGAUAUUGAGAAGAAGAAAAAGCAAGAAGUUCAAGAAAAAGAGGAAGUUGUUGCCAUCGAUGAUUUAAUUGCUACUAUUCAACAAAUCCAGAAAGUGCCCGACGAUGCUAAGCUUGAAAGGCUACAAGAGGCACUUGCAAAAUUGGAUGACGAUAAAGAUGGUGCAAUUCCAAUUGAUGAUCUGCUUAAGAUGAUUGAGUUAAUUGGAAAUGACCAGAGCGUGAAACUAUCUGAUAAACAAUUAGAUGAAUUGGCUCUUCUUCUGAAACGUGAGGAGACUUUGCUUUUAGAAGACCAAAUUGAACGAGCUCUAGAAAAGCAGUUUAUACAAGAAGAGCAGAAAGAUAAUUCUAAAGCAAGCUCAAAGGAUUCUACAGAACCAACUUCAGCAUCCCAAAAAUCUCCAAACCCACCACCGAAUCCACCUCCAUCAGGAGCAGUGCCUCAGAAAUCUUCAAUAUCAGCGAGCACAAGCAGUAAAGAAGGCACAUCACCAAAACGAAGUUUAUGAAGUUAGUGCUAUCUGUGAUGAAUUAUAAAAAUAUGUGUAACUAGGAAAUUUGAAUUGAGUGCUGACUCCAGGUCAUUGGGAUUUGCCAUCUAGAAACACAAAACUGGCAAAUGGUCUGAAAGACUGGAAAUGGGUUUGUGCAAAUGAGUCGAUCUUUCACUGAAUCACUUUUGACAAUAAUGUUGACCAAUUCCUUGUUAAAUUGGUCUUUAGUUAAAGUGAGUUUAUAGUCAGAGGGCAGGACAGUACUUAUAUGCGCUGAGUGCGAUGAAAUCACAUUUCAUUAUGUUAAUGAAAAUCUCUUUGCGUACCUUUUUCUGUAAUGUUGUUUACUUUACAAGUUUGGCUGUCAAGAAGACCAAAGUUUUAAUAGCUCAUGCUUGUUUGCCCUAUGGAACAGACAUCAUAGUACUGGUACUUUCAGCAAGGCACUGUCUAUGUUCAUCUGCUACUUUGUCAGAAGCACAACAUAAGGCAAGUACCGUGCCCAGCAAAUAAUGCAAUUGUCUGGUCUCUUUUCCUCAAAUAGAAAACUAUUAUUUUUUCUGACACAAAUAACUUUUUUUUUUUAAGACCUCCAUUUUAUUAAAUUAGUUUCUCUAAGAAGUUGAUUUUUCAAAUUCUUGACUUAUGGUUUUCUCAUUUAUCCUGCUGGCCAGAGUGAAUGUAAGGGAGGCCUCCCUGUAAUCAGUUCAGGUGCUGUUCAGAUUCACCCACAUCAAGUUUUUCUUCUUUCUUGUUUUUUUUCCUUUUUUGAGAGGUUACUUUCCCUGAGCUUGUAUAUGUGUACCUUGUCAGAUUGCUUAUUUUUAUUGUAAUAAUUUAAUGUGUCUUGUUUAUUUAUGAUGUACAGACCUCCAUGAGCAUAUGUCACACCCAGAGUAAUAAUGAUGGUGGCGGUGUCAUGGAUUGUAUGAUCUGUUUUUCUCUCAUGAGUUCCAGAUGCAUUGUUAAUUCAGGAACUGGGUAGAUUCCAAUAGUUCUUUAUUACUCCUCUUUAUUAGUUCAGGCUUUGGUUUAUGUUAAAUUUUGCAGUGUCUAAUGUUUUCAUCCCUAUUUUAUUAAUGUGUCUUGGUGUUCUCUAUACUCAAAACUGACUAUACAUUUGAAAUACUUUUAAAUUGUUAAGUUUUCCAUAAAACGAAAUCAUUUGAACUAUUAUUCAUGUCCUUGAGGGCAUUUUGCCUUCUGUUGUGUGGUGAAGCAAGUUUGAACUUUUAUUGUUAUCCAAGUGGAUACUCAGAGGGACACCAAGCUCUGCAUGCACUAUGCUUUUUAUUAAAUGAAAUGUUUGUCUACCCAGUCUCCUCCAAAGGACUGUGAUGAUUCGUAAAUAUAAAUUUGUGUAUUCAGUUAAUUGUUCUCUGUACUGUAUUAUAGAAGUGUUUUUGAAGGUCGAUCCUGUUCAGGAGGUGGGUUUUAGGUUCUUAGUCAACCAUGGGCUUAGAUUUGCCAUUUUGAUGUGUUACACUGGCAACCUCAAAAAAUUAUCUUUCUGUUGUUAUGUGUAAGGUGGUCAAAAAUAAAAAAGCAAAGAAAAUUCUCUGCUUUUCUGUCAAAAGAAAGGAAGAAAUUUUUGUUACCGUUAGCAUUAAAGGCUUACUUUUUA